AUGGCCAAAAUUUUUGAAGAAUCCGAUAUGUUAAAAGAGAUGAAUUAUCACGUGUUUUAUUACCUUCUCGAGGGAGCCACUGACGAAGAACGUGUGAAGUACUAUUUGUUAAAACCGCAAGAUUACCGAUAUCUGAAACAACAUGAACAGUUUUCUCCGGAAGGAGUGAAUGAAAAGUACGAGUUUGAUCGACUGCGACGGGCGAUGAGCAGCGUUGGCUUUAGCACAAGCACACAAUCAACAAUUUUCGGGCUCAUUUCAGCGGUCCUAUUGUUGGGAAACAUUUCCUAUAUCAGUAGACACGCCUACCAUAGCGAUGAAAAUGCUUACAUUGAAAAUGAAGAAGUAGUCGAUUUGGUGGCUCAGUUGAUGCACAUAAAGACGGAAGCUCUGAUGCAGGCUUUGACAAUGAAACGACACGUAAUGAAAACGGAAACGGUCGUGACACGAUUUAGCGUCUCAGAGGCAAUCAACACCAGAGACGCGAUGGCGAAAUGUCUUUACAAUGCGCUUUUCCAUUAUAUC